GUUAUGUUAAACUUAAUUAUUAGAUUUAUUUUUUUUUAUGUUGCUUUUCCCGUUUUGAUAAAAAAGAAAGAAAGAUAAUUGUUUUUAAAUGCAGUAAUACGAUAAACAGGACUUUCCCGGUAUCAUUGUUUAUAAUUUUAUACGUAAAAAAUUGCGUAUAGAGUGGCCAAAAAAAAAACCUACGCAGCUCGAAUUGGCCAGUCUUAAAUAGGUCUAUGAAUUUUUACAUUCUCCUAUGCAUAUUGGUUUCAUGGCUGCCAAAAGAAUUUAGUUAAGAAACAAUAAAAUAUCAUUUUUAUGAUUACUACCUAAUUAAGAUGGAAGGUUAAUUUAGCUAGAAUUUUUACUAGAUCUUUUAAUAGACUGCAUCUUAAUUCUAAAUAUUUAAUUUAUUCUUUUACACUUUAUAGAGGCUAGAAGAAAAAGGAUGCCUUCUGUUUGGCAGAACUUGAAGAGAGUGAGAAAAAGGGCAUCCAAAUGGAGAGUAACCCUUUCAUUCGAUCUAAUCGAAGUCAAAACAACUAGUCAUUGGCAGCCAUCAGAAGUAAGAGUAAAGUGUAAAUCUGGACGUCAGAAGCACGAAACCGCUUGGGCCAGUUGGCAACCUCAGGUUACCGACCCUUAUUUCGGUGUUGCGGAAUGGACAACGCCUUGUAAUAUAGAAGCUAGAGUAACUCUCUUUAGAUUGGCAAAUUCUACUAUAUUUGAUGCUAAAUUAUGGAAAGUAACCGUUCUUGGUCGAGAGAAGAACGGUAAACAUAAAGAGAUGGGCCAAGCCUAUUUGGAUCUCUCUAAACACGUUGAUCCUACCCAGUCCGUACAACAAAAAAUAAAAAUUACAAUGGAGGCUAAGAAAUUACAUUGUCAAAGUGCUGGUAUACAAUUAACUAUAUCUACGGCACUAAUAACCGAAGCAUUAGCGACUGAUGAUGAUCUAAGGAGUCUAGCGUCAUCGGAUUGCUCAAGAAUUAACGACGUUGCUAAUAUGGAAGACGUUGAAGAGGAGGUGACAUUACCCACAUCUAAUGGUAUAAGGAAUGAGGAUGUUCUGGAGAUUUUCUCAAAUAUAGAAAGUCUGAAAGAGUCUCAUUCUCCGUCGCCUGUGCCUUCACCUACACCACUAAAAGUAGCUCCACCAAAUAAUUUAUUUUUACCAAAGAAGGGAGAGGAAACUCCCUUCGAUUACAGUAUCGAUUUAGAAGAAUUGAGGAAGAGAUUAGCUCUUUCGCCCGAAACCAAUUUGAAUAAUACUUUUGAAGAAGAAAAGAACGACAUGUCUGUCAAUGAUGAAUUAGAAGAAAUGUCCAGGGAAGUGGACGCAUUUUGUAUAAAUAAUUUUGAAAACCCGUCUAGUCCUGUCGAAAAUACUUUGAGUGCAAGAUACGCUACCAGAAACUCAAGAGAUAACUCACCCGAGAAAUUAAGCGAAGAACAAAAACUUAAAACUAACAGUUCUAUUUUCUCAGAACGUGAACAAGAGGGGGAAGAUAUCUUCAAAGGAUAUUCCAUAUACGAAAAAGAAUCUGCCAAGAAAAAUUUUAUAACUUCUCAAACGUUAGAAAUUAGAUCGGAAGACAGAUAUGAUGUCAGAAUAGAAGAGGAAAUUAUUGAAGAAGAAGAAGAGGAGGAACAGGAAGAAGAAAAAGAGAUAGAGGGAAUAAAAGAGAAUAUAGAAGUGAGAAAGGAUGAUAAGAUAUUAUCUAAUAGUGAAAUCAGAGAGAAGAUUAGUGACAAUAUAAAUAAACUGAAUGACUCUUCGAAUAUUCAAAAUGAGACCAAUCCUUUUGUCAAUGGUAACUCAGACUAUACUAGGGAAUCUCAAAAUUCUACUCCCUCGUUCUCAAAUGGGGUAGCAGCUGUGGAGAAUAGCAGAUGUGAACAAGAAGAGGAAAUAUUAGCAUGGUCUUCCUUCAUAUGUAAGAAAUUUGGCGUUACUAUUAAUGAUUUAAACUUUAGCUCUUGGAGGGAUGGACGGGCUCUCACAAUCAUUACCCGACACUAUAUACCUCAUGCGGCUCCCUAUUUAACUGCACCUGUUUCUCUCAAUAGAGUCAUAGAAGCGUUAUUUAAAAUUGAAAAUAUUAGUAAACCAUCAAAGAUAAAUGAUUCGGAAAGCUUAAUAGCCUAUCUUGCUACUGUUAAGAAAUCAUUAGAAAAGAAAUCAUAUAUGUCUUUCGAAAGACAACAAGAAUUGCAGACAAAAGCAAGAGAACUAAUUGAACAGUAUAAAAAACCGUCAGUCGAGCUAAAAAGCCCAUCUCAAGAAAUGAGUUUGGAGGAUGAGAGACGGCAGUUGGAACAAGAGCAAGUUAGAAUGGAUAAAAAAUUAGAGGAAAUCUUAGAGAAAAUUAGAGAAGCUCAAAAAGAAGGUGAAGAUGAUAGUGAUUUAAGAAGUGCACAAGUUCAAUUCGUCAAUGCUAAGAACGCACUCCAUCGACGAAUUGAAUUUCUCGAUUUACAGGAAAAAGCUAAAGAGUUGACUGAAAGACAAAACAGUAUCAAUACGAAACUAAGAAAUUUAAAUUCUUUUCCAGGUAAACAUAGUUCUAAAUAGUUUAUAUAUGCUGUGUGUAUUUGUCUAAAUUUACUCAAUCGUUAAAUUAUAGAUUGGCAAAAGAAUGAGGAACAAAGAAAUCGGGAACAAAACUUAUUAGAUGAGCUCGUUAAUAUUGUAGACGAGCGAGAAGCUUUAUCGAAGCGUAUGGACAAUCACGAACAAGAGACUGCUGACGAUGAAAGCAUUGGAAGAGAGUUAAAUGAUCGAAUGCAGAAGGACGAGCAACAAGACAAGUGCAAAGUUAUGUAAUUAAUAAAUACAAGACUAAAAACAGUAUAUUCACAAAUGUACCACAUAUAUAUAUAUAUAUAUUAAUAUAUAUACUGUAUGUAUAUAUAUAUCAAUACAUAUAGUAGUAUAUAUAUAU